ACCCCAAAAAAACCGAGUCAAAGGACUCGCCCAAAAUAAAAUCGAAACCCACACCCAAAAAUUUCCACUCUCUGAAAUCGCAGCUCAGUGGAAUAAGAAGAAGACGACGACGAGGAGCACAAAAGGGGAGCUUCCAAUUUCUUCACUGAUUGAUAAGUUGUUUAUGCGAUGCACCGAGUGGGUAGUUCAGGGAACACAAACAAUUCCAGUCGCCCUCGUAAAGAGAAGAGAUUAACAUAUGUGUUGAGUGAUGCUGACGACACGAAGCAUUGUGCCGGCAUAAAUUCUUUGUCUGUACUGAAGGCAUCAGUGUCUGGGUGUGAUUACCUGUUUACUGGAAGCCGUGAUGGCACACUAAAAAGAUGGGCGCUGGCUGAAGAUGCUGCUACAUGUUCAGCAACCUUUGAGUCUCAUGUGGAUUGGGUUAAUGAUGCUGUUCUUGCAGGUGAUAAUACGCUUGUUUCUUGUUCUUCAGAUACCACCCUUAAGACGUGGAAUUGUUUGUCAGGUGGAACUUGUACUAAAACUCUUCGUCAGCAUUCUGACUAUGUCACAUGCCUUGCUUCCGCAGAGAAAUAUAGCAAUAUUGUUGCCUCUGGUGGACUUGGAGGGGAGGUAUUUGUAUGGGAUCUUGAAGCAGCUCUUACUCCGGUUGCAAAGUCAGGUGAAUCAAUGGAAGAUGAUAGUUCAACUGUUGUCAAUGGUUCUGGAAAUGCAAUUACUAGUUUACGUACUAUCAGCUCUAGCAACAGCAUUUCUAUGCACACAACUCAGCCACAUGGAUAUGUCCCAAUCUCUGCCAAAGGUCAUAAGGAAUCAGUUUAUGCAUUGGCAAUGAAUGAUAGUGGAUCGCUUCUGGUCUCUGGUGGAACGGAAAAGGUUGUUCGUGUUUGGGAUCCAAGAACAGGUUCGAAGAAAAUGAAACUAAGAGGGCAUACAGAUAAUAUCAGGGCUCUGCUGAUUGAUUCUACUGGAAGAUUUUGCUUGUCAGGAUCUUCUGAUUCAAUGAUCAGGCUAUGGGAUCUUGGUCAGCAGCGAUGUGUGCAUUCUUAUGCUGUGCAUACAGAUUCUGUUUGGGCACUUGCCAGUACCCCAACAUUUAGUCAUGUAUAUAGUGGUGGGAGAGACCUUUCUUUAUACUUGACAGACUUGGCCACCAGAGAGAGUCUCCUGCUUUCCACAGGGGAACAUCCCAUUUUGCAGUUGGCUUUACAUGAUGAUAGUAUCUGGGUUGCAACAACAGAUUCUUCAGUUCAUAGAUGGCCUGCUGAAGGGAGUAAUCCCCAGAAGAUUAUUCAAAGAGGUGGUGCAUUCUUGGCUGGAAAUUUAUCCUUUUCAAGAGCAAGGGUGUCCUUAGAAGGAUCAACCCUAGUCCCUGUUAAUAAAGAACCUAUAUUUACGAUUCCUGGAACUCCUGGAAUAGUGCAACAUGAAAUAUUAAACAAUAGAAGGCAUGUCUUGACAAAGGACACUGCUGAUUCAGUGAAGUUGUGGGAGAUUACGAGGGGUGUUGUCAUUGAGGAUUAUGGAAAGGUCAAAUUUGAGGAGAAAAAAGAAGAGCUUUUUGAGAUGGUGAGCAUUCCUGCAUGGUUCACUGUGGAUACCAGACUUGGAUGUUUAUCUGUACAUUUAGAUACCCCACAAUGCUUUUCAGCGGAGAUGUAUUCAGCAGACCUUAACAUUGUGGGGAAGCCUGAAGAUGACAAGGUUAAUCUAGCGCGAGAAACCCUUAAAGGGCUUUUGGCUCAUUGGUUGGCAAAAAGAAAGCAAGGGUUUGGACCACAAGCAUCAGCUAAUGGGGAUGUGUCAUCUGGAAAGGAUAUUACUACUAGAAGUAUUACCCAUUCAAGAAUUGAGGUGGAUAGUAAUGCUGAAAAUGAUUCAAUGGUCCAUCCUCCCUUCGAAUUUUCUACAACUUCCCCUCCUUCUGUUAUUACUGAGGGCUCUCAGGGAGGCCCAUGGAGGAAGAAAAUCACUGACCUAGAUGGCACUGAAGAUGAGAAGGACUUUCCUUGGUGGUGUCUCGAUUGUGUGUUGAAUAAUCGCCUACCCCCUAGAGAAAAUACCAAGUGCAGUUUUUAUCUACAUCCAUGUGAAGGUUCAACUGUUCAGAUCCUCACUCAAGGGAAACUAAGCGCCCCUCGUAUUUUACGAAUUCAUAAAGUUGUUAAUUAUGUUGUUGAGAAGAUGGUCCUUGACAAACCAUUGGAUAGUGCAAAUCCUGAUGCCACAUUUGCUCCUGGUCUUGCUGGAGGGCCAUUGCAGCUAUCAUCGGUUGGAGAUGGAUCUUUCCGAUCUGGAUUGAAGCCAUGGCAAAAGCUUAAGCCUUCUAUAGAGAUAUUGUGCAAUAAUCAGGUCUUGUCCCCAGACAUGAGCUUAGCCACGGUGCGGGCUUAUAUAUGGAAGAAAUCUGAGGACCUGGUUCUCAAUUACAGGGUGAUUCAGGGCAGGUGAGUCUCUGCUAGAUUCCGGAGGUGAGGUGCAUUUGUUAUCGCUAAUGUGCAAAUUUUGGAUGUAUUAAGAUUGAUUGAAAAUUUGUAGUAAAAAAAACAGCCUUUUCACUUAAGCGGUAGAUAGGGAUCAGCUCUACCGAGACAGAGCUGUAGCUUAAAGGUUUGUCAUUAAUACUUGCAGGUGAUGUUGUGUUUAAGCUAAUGAGAAACGUUGAUUCUUCUGGGGUCGCUCGUGGUACACUUGUAAAGUUUGAAAACUAAUUGAUUGCGGAAUCCAGUGCCAUUCCCCAAAUCUUCCCGAGAAGGCCCCUUGUUGGGCAAAAGGGGGCAUCAUGAUCUUUGUUGCUGAUACAGAAGCUUUUGCUGGACGCUGCAGAUUUGUCAAUUGGUUGUCUGCAUGUGGCAGUAGAUAGAGUGUUCGACCGGAUGAGAAAUGAACAUGAAUUUUCUUCGAACUUCUGAAGAGCCGUAUCAGGCACAUGGUAAUGAAAGAUUUGUAGAUUUAUAUUGUCGGUUUCAAUACCCAGCCAUAGAACACUCUAUUGUGAAAGGAAUUUUCCUUUGUUUCACAGAAUAAGACAGUAUCAUUCUGCAUCAUUUCCAGAUUUCUUUUUCGUUAUCCGCGUGCUACUCCUUCGUGUAGUUUCUUAUUUUCAGAUACAUUCUACAAAAUGAAAUCCCCAAUUUUGCAUUA